UUUGUAAUUAGUGGGUGAUGCCUGCUCUUGCUUUAAAGAUGAAUAUAUAAAUUUAUAAAACGUCUUGUCUUGUCUCUAUGGUCACAACAGCCAAGUUCCCCAAUUGAAACGUGUACCUCUAAAUCCCACCUUUGGUAAUAACUUCUUUUUGCAUAUAAAAAAAAAGUCAAUCUUCAAAUUUCACCCAUCUGAAACACAACCAGCCAGGAAAUCAUUCGAAACAUGGCCCCCAAAAUUUUCUUCACUGGAGCAACAGGCUUCGUCGGCGGCGACGUCUUGGAAGCCCUGCACGGCAAGCACCCAGACUACGAGUACACCGUCCUGGUGCGGACCGAGGAGCGCGCCAAGCCGGUCAAGGAGCGGUACCCGAACGCAAACGUCAUCAUUGGCUCCAACGACAGCGCCGACAUAAUUGAGAAGGCCGCCGCUGAGGCUGAUGUCGUAGUUCACACCGCCGAGUCGGCUGAUGACAUACCAUCUGCCAAGUCCAUCGUCAAGGGACUGGAGGCAGGGCACUCGCCCGACCGUCCGGGGAGGUACAUCCACCUGACCGGAACUGCCAUUCUGCAGUGGUACGACAAAACCAACGAGCGCUACGGCGAGCCCCCCGCGCCAGACCAAGAGUACCGCGACAUCAGAGACAUUGAGCGCAUCCUCAACCUCCCCGAUCAGGCACCGCACCGUGAGAUCGACAAGAUCGUACAGGCCGCCAACGAAAUUCCCUACGUCAAGACUGCAAUGAUCUGCCCACCAGUAAUCUACGGCACAGGCCGGGGCACCGUCAACACCAAAUCCCAACAGGUCCCGUUCAUCGCGCGGUACGUGCUGCAGGAGGGCUACGCACCGCUGAUCGGGGCGCAAAAGACGCAGUGGGAUAACGUGCACGUGGCGGACCUGUCGACGCUGUUCGUGACGCUGGUCGAGGCCGCCCUGGACCCGCAGCGCCGCGACGACCCGGAGGUGUUUGGCCGCAACGGCUACUUCUUCUGCGAGACGGGGGCGCCGCACCUGUGGAGCGACGUGGCGCGCAAGGUCGUCGAGGCGGCAAGGCAGCAAGGGUUCGUCGCCGAGGCCAAGGCCGAGGUCGUGCCCGCCAGCAAGAUCAGCAACUGGACCAUACUGGGCAACUCGCAGUCCGUGGCGGAGCGCGCCAGGAAGCACCUCGGUUGGGAGCCGACCGUGUCAAAGGGUCAUACUCUGUGGGAUGACAUUCCCAACGUUGUCAAGGUGGAGGCGGAGGGUUUGGGCAUCAAGCCGACUCUGCCGCCGCAGUGAUUCUAUGAGGACUGUUUAUAUAGGGGCGACGAUCAGUUGAGUUGGGCGAUGAUUUGGAUUUUUUUCGCCAACACAAAAAGGGUGCACCCAAUAGGACUUGCAGCCCCAGAAUUCAGAGAACAUCCUCAAUGAAUGAUUAAAUUUG